UCCAAUCAUACGGGUGCCCAGGCGCUGCUCAGUCACAGAACGGUGAAAUCGAGAGAGGGGACAACACGCUGUUUGCCCCGCCUGGCUCACUGUAAGGCAAUGACACCGGGAUAAAACACCCGAAGCAAUUUCACUAACUUUUACUUUUGUUUUCUGUACCUGGGAAAAUUUCCAAUCACAGAUCUCAUCUUUUUCUUUCUUUUUUUUUAUUUUAUUUUCUAUAUCCCACGGUGAACGUCAAGCGGCUCCAAGGCUUCAAGUUACACAUAUAGGAGCAGGCUGCAAGUUUCAAAUGGGCAGACCUUUUGCGGCUACUGGCUCACAAGCAUGGGAUUAUUCGUCCAAUGUGGCGUGAAAAUAAGGAUCUGCUGUUGAACGAUGUGAGACGUUGCGCUUCUUGGAUUCUCGCGUUUCUGGAUAUCUUGAAAAUCAUUGGCAACAGUUGAAAAGAGAAGGGAGCAUUUUUAAAGGAAAAAGGAUUGUGUACACUCAUAUUGGGACCAGCUAUGGAUUUACUCCCCCCGAACCCUGUUUUCUGAGAAGUUAUCACUUGUUCUGUUUCUUUUUUUUAUUUCUAUUAUUAUUAUAUAUAUUUUUUUAAAGAAAGUUUUUGCUGAAGAACAAAUAGCCGCAUCGGCUAUUUAAAGUUUUGGAACCCGUCGCUCAGCCCUUGCUUUAUAUUGGACUGGAUUUCAAACACCAUGAACUUUAUUGACAGUUUGACACUAUUAUUUUUGACACUGUCAGCUGUCAAGAGUGCCCACAUACCGAGGGAAACAGAGAGAGGUCCACAUGACGUGAUCCCUUUGUUGGAGGUUAUCAACAAAAGUUCGUGUCAGCCCCGGGAGGUGCUGGUGGAUAUCUUGCAGGAGUACCCGGAUGAGGUGGAGCACAUCUUUAUCCCAUCCUGCGUGGUACUAAAGCGCUGCGCCGGCUGCUGCCUCGACGAGAAGAUGCAGUGCUUCCCGACAGAAACUCGUAACGUCACAAUGGAGAUUAAAAGAUCAAAACCUCUAAGGCAACAAAAUGAUGUUUUCAUGAGUUUUACAGAACACAGCGCAUGUGAGUGUAGGGUAAAGCCAGAAUUCAGAGAAAAGAAAGAAAAAAAACCCCGGACAGGCAAAGGCCUAAAGAGAAAGCGAAAGAAAAACCGUGACAAAACAAUUCACGAUGCUGUCUGUGAACCAUGUUGUGAUAACUGCUCAGAGAGGAGAAAGCGUUUGUUUGUGCAGGAUCCUUCAACCUGCCGGUGCUCCUGCAAACACACAGUUGAAUACUGUAAAGAACGCCAGCUAGAGCUCAACGAGAAGACCUGCAAGAUAUGAAAUAACUUGCCCCUUGCUUUCUACCGCUGAAACUCCUGCAGAUGUGACAAGCCGAGGAGAUGAGAGAGGUGCCAGCACCAGAUGUACAAGAUGAAGGAACAUUUUAAAGAUAUUUCAAAGCACAGCACUUUGACCUUUAUACCCUAAGCUCUUUUCUGUGGAAAGCAUUCCCCCUGCAUGGACAGUACAAAGAGAAAGACUGAAGUUUCCUCCCUCUGUAUAUCUGUGUGUAUAUAGAUAAUAUCAAAAGAAAAAAAGUACAGAUUUGUUAUGCUGCUACAAAAACAAACAACUAAAACCCAUCAUUUGACUAAAAGCGGAGUAGCCGUCAUGUGGUUUUGCGUUUCUAAUAGGCUUUCGAUGCAGAUGAUGUCUAAUUGUCAAUUCAUUGUAUGCGAUUACUUCACUGGAUUUGAGUCUACUGUGGUUAUACAUCAGUCAUAACAAGCAAAACCUCUAGAUAUAUUUAACUUCUAAAACAGUGGGUGAGACUGAAGAAGACAUGGGUGUGCUCUGCUUUUUUAAUAUGAUGGUUGGACUUUCGUUGGCUGACGCUUAUGGAAUGAAAAGACUGGACAAAUGGGACAACGGAUGGAAAACUGUCUCUGCUCAAGAUUGCUUCCCUCUGAGGACAUUGCAGGACUUGCAGACUUUCACAUUUCAAUGUUGCGUUGCUCAGGGGGGGGGGGACUCUGGAAUGAUGGUGCCAUAUACUUUCAAAGGGAUACUGGUCGAUGAUAUAGCAUUUAAUAUUUUACAAUGUUCUACAAGAAAACCACUGAAAAAUCCUAUAUACUGUAGAUUGAUUCCAUUUGAACUGUGCCUCACUCAAUGUACUGAGAAAUCCUGAGUGGUUUUUAAAUUAUUUUUUUUUUUGUUUUCUUUGCGGAAGAGGAGAUUGUUAAAGUUUUCUUUAUUGAACACACUAUCAUUGAUUAGACAUCUUGUCUGAACAUGUACAUAGAUAUCCCUUCGUGCCAUUGUUCAUUCUAGAUAAUUUAUAAUGUUAUAGAUUAUUUUUCAGUAUUCAGUCUUGUAAACAUAUUUAAUUUGGUCUAUUUAUGUAUGCUGUGUUAUGUACUUGUAGCUGUCGUUUUUUUUUUUUUUUUUUUUCAUAUGUGUAAGGUCACUGAUGGCUACUUUCACCAUGGCUCUCAAGGCUUUUCUAUAAAACAAGUUUAAAAAAAAAAAUCAAAAAUAUAUUAACAUUCCCUUAAUUAAUUUUAUGUGGACUGCCUUACCAAUGACAUCUCUAUUUGAACCCCUUUGCAGGGAUGAGUGCCAUGUAGGGUUUUAACUUUUGAGAGUGUGUCUACUGUAUGAAUGGGUGUACUAUUUUUAGCAGCUAAGUAUACAAUACCACAAUACAACCACAAAUAUGAAAUUGGAUCUCCAUUCUGACCGCCAUCAGUCAGAAUUUCUAUAAGAUAUUUUUGUGUCCUCUACACUAUUAACAUGUUUUUGUGUCUAUGUAAAGCAGUAAAGGAUAUUUAUUUUAAAAUCAUGUUGUUUUUAUAUAAAAUAAGGAGAAGGUUGCAGUGUUGAGAAUGCUGUAUUUUCAUCUGGGGUAAUUAGUCAACAGUGUGAGGAUUUUUCUUUCAUGAAACAAAGUGUUACUUAUACAAAUACUUGGAUUCUUUGUGCGAAUGUUAUGUAAAAGAGCAAAAAAAAAAAAAGAAAAAAUAGAUUCCUGCACCCAUUUAAUGACCGACAGACAUUCAGCCAUGUGAAUAAACACGCACUUUAACCAAGUGUACAGUAAUUUAAUCUGUUCAAUUUGAUUACAAUUUUGCAGUGCAAAUUAAGCAUAAAACAAAGUUAAACCCA